CGGGAGCCGAUUGUCGGGACGCGGAGGCCGGGACGGGAUUCUCUGCAUGCCGCAGAGUGAGCCGACAUCUCGGCCUCUGGGUGGGAUGGGAAGAAAAUGGUGCAGUCUUAGAGCAGCUGACCCCAGUUGGGCAGAGCAGACGGGGUGCUAGAGUGCCAGGGGCUCAGGUGGCGGGAGAAGGGGACGGAUUGUUUCGAGGUGCCGGGGCUGGUGGUUUUCUCAGUGCCUGCAGCCUUUUCUUUGCACAUGGGCAGCACGUUCCCGGGGUUACCGGGAAGCCACAAGAAGUGAGGCGGAGGCGUCGCGGUGUACACCAAGGAAGAAGACUGCGCGGGGGAAAGCAGCAUGAAGACUUCGGGCCUGGCGAAGAGGCCGGCUGCCUGCAGCGACCGCGCGACCUGUCCAUGGUGUUGAAAGCGUCUUGCGCCCAGCUCCGCGCGUCCCGCGCUGUGCGUCCUGCCGGGUGCUUCCUCUUCAGCGAAUCCCGUCCUUCGCGCCCGCCAGCUGCUGCCCAGUCUCCGCAAGCCCCGGGCCAGGGCUCAUCCGGUAACGCUUCCCGGGUGACUGCGCCGCCCGCCUGAGGGGCCGCCUGAAUGGCGAGGCCAGAGGCAGGCAACUGGGGAGCUAGCAGGGAAAGGUCGGCGGAGAACGCGCGCCCGCUGGGAUCCCGCCUCUGAGUGCAGCGCCGGGCAGACGGAGCAAAGGACCCGCUGGUGACCAGAAGACGGAGGUUUUUAAAAGACCCAAUCCAGAGAGGAAAAGACAUUUCUGGUUGCGCGCCCCGGGUCUUAGCUUGCAGGCCGGAAGGGGUACAGUCGCUGAACGGGAAACCCAGACGGGACUGAGGGCAGCCGGCCUGCCAUCUGGAGAUUCCCUUCGUCGGCCGGCCUAUCUGGGCCGUUUCAGUUCAUCCAGUGGUCAAGUGGCUCCUCCUGACUGCGCUCCCAACCCCCGCCUUAAGGCGAAUGGUCCGGUCGCCACUCUGCACAAAGAAACCCCAGAACCCACACCGCAGCAGAGGACGCUUAGUAUUUAGUUUCCGGCCGGAGGGCAGCGGCGCCUGAAGCCUGGUCGCGCGCUAAGCCGGCGGGUCCCCAGCGGUCGCUUCCUGCGGGCGGGGAGGGGGCGGGAGGCGGCUGUGCCCGGCUCAGCCGUCGCCUGAGGCUGCACCUGUCCCGGAGGAUGCUGAGGAGUCUGCGGGAACCUCUCCGGAUCAGAACUUUUUAGUCUGCCCGUCUCCCCUCAGUUCCCGGGCCGCGCAGCGGUAGGCGGGGACCGCGUGUGCCGUGGGGGCUUCGCCGCGCCGGUUUCCCUUCCUGUUCCCCCCACCCCUGGCUCGGCCGCCCGCCGCUUUGUUUCGGGCGCGCGGAGGAAGGCGAGGCUGCGGCGGAACAUGCCCAUGGUGUAGCCCCGAAGCGGAGGCAUGGCUGCCGGAAGGUUACUGCUCUACACGGGCCUCUCGCUAGCUCUCUGCGCCCUCGGCAUGCUGGCCGUGGCCAUCUGCUCGGACCACUGGUACGAGACGGACGCCAGGAAGCACAGGGACAGGUGCAAGGCCUUCAACACCCGCCGGGUCGACCCAGGCUUCAUUUACAACAACAACAACAACUUGCCGCUACGGGCGAGCCGCUCGCGCCUGGACCGCUGGGAGGGGAAACUCCUCCGGGCCCGGAAUCGCCGGCAGCUCUUCGCCCUGAGCCCAGUUGACGAGUGCAGUCGGCAGUACAACUCCACCAACAUGGGCCUCUGGAGGAAGUGCCACCGGCAGGGUUUCGACCCGGAGAUCGCUGCUCUCAUUCGAAAAGGAGAAAUUGAGAGAUGCACGUACAUCAAAUAUCACUACUCCUCAGCAACUAUCCCCAGGAACCUCACUUUCAACAUCACGAAGACCAUCCGCCAGGAUGAAUGGCAUGCCCUGCACCUGCGCAGAAUGACGGCCGGCUUCAUGGGCAUGGCAGUGGCCAUCAUCCUCUUCGGCUGGAUCAUCGGGGUGCUCGGCUGCUGCUGGGACCGAGGCCUUAUGCAGUAUGUGGCAGGGCUCCUCUUCCUCAUGGGAGGAACCUUCUGCAUCAUUUCACUGUGCACCUGUGUGGCCGGGAUCAACUUUGAGCUGUCACGCUACCCUCGCUACCUGUAUGGACUCCCCGAUGACAUCAGCCAUGGCUAUGGAUGGUCCAUGUUCUGUGCAUGGGGGGGCCUGGGCCUCACACUAAUCUCGGGAUUCUUCUGUACCUUGGCCCCUUCUGUCCAACCUGUCCCGAGGACCAACCACCCUAAAUCCAGACCUGAGAAUGGGACAGUGUGCUAAAAAAACAAACCCAUAUAUAUAUAUAAAUAUAUAUAUAAUAUACAUAUAUAAAACAAAACUAAAUCAAGAUGAUGCUAGUGCCAAGGCAGAGUUGAGUUGGCUCAGGCACCCGCAUCUCCACCAGACUUUGUGUUGCCUCAUCACCGAGAUGGGGAAAGUGUACCCAUCAUGUGGCUCUUCCAUCAUUUCUUAACUUUCGGCUUCACGGUUUCUUCAAGACAGAGUGAACAUCACCACUCAUGACUGAAUCUCAGUUCCUGUCACUCACAAGGAUGGGGUGGUGAGCCGGGAAGGGACAGUGUGGCGGUUGUCUGAAGCAGCACAGAUGUAGAGAAUGAAAUGCCAUCCUUGGGCCAACAGGAGAAGACACCACCCCCUACCAACCACAUCACAAAGAAACAAAGCCCUUAGUUCAUUGAAUGUAACCAAAUCUUUGAGGCCAUUUUCAGAACCACUUCUUUCCUGCUCUUCCUGUUCUGAUUUCCUUCUUGGCCCACCAGCUACACAGAAGAAAUGGAUGAAAAAUCAAACUGAGGAAAAAGUUUCUCUUUGCUGCCAAACUUUUGGACAAAGUUUUGGAGGUGGGAAGGGGGAGAGAACAGCAUGCUGAGAGUCUAGAUCCGCAUCAAUAAAUGGACGCUUCAGUGGAUGCUCAGAGAACCCAGUCUUAUCUUCCAGCUGCCUUACACCCAGGUUAAACAAGAGGCUGCUCUGCCCCAAAUCCCACCUGCCCUCCCUGGGCAGCUAGGAGCCUUGGAGUAAUGCUGUGAUAUAUGUGUGUGUAUGUGUGUGUGACUACUUGGGGUGGUUUUCCUUUUUUUUAUUUUCCACCUUUCAAAUGGAAAUAUUGUGUUAUGACUGUUCUCUCCAUUUGCGGUAGUUUCGUGGCCCAAGACGGAGGGAGGCUCAGAGUCCUAGGAAGUAUAAUGAGGGACAAAUCUCUAUGGCUGGCAGUUCUGCAGCUAGAGAUCCCUGGAGUGUGUGUGUGUGUGUGUGUGUGUGUGUGUGUGUGUGUGUGUGUGUGUGUGGUGGAUGUUUCCUGAGUGUGGGGUUUUAUUGUUUGGUUCUCAUUUUUCUAUUAUUUUUAGUACAGCUCAAAUUUCCAGAAGGUAAAACCAGGAACAAAACCACUGGGACAAAGGACCCUGUGGUUCUUCACAUUAUAGUACAGGUCUGGGGACUCCACAGGAUUUAGUCCUCUAAUUUUGGAAGUUCAAGACACAACUGGGCACAAAAGCCAUGGCAGAAGAAGGGAACGAGGUUCAGGAUGGAGAAGGAAUGCCAUCUCUGGUUGCUGUCGUACAAGUAUGUAUGCCAAACAAGACCUUUUCACUCCCCUCACUGGAAGCUGUCCUUUGUCACUGGACAUCUGCCCCUUUCAUAUGGGUGAACUCUGUACAGAUGAAAGAAAAUGGGUCACAUGCAGAGAAAGCAACUCCACUCCCAUGGGCUCAAGUUUGUAUGAUAUUGUGUAAAUUAAUGGAGAACUCUUCACUCUUUCCAUCUUCCUCCUUUUCCUCUUGAUAUUCAAGGCCAUGAAUCCCAAAAUAUCAUCUUAGUGGCUGGCACCCAAACAGAGGUGGAAUAAAUCCACCACAGUGUCUCAGGCUCAUUUGAGCAAAUUGGGGCUGCAGGUGUUGGCGAGUAAAGACGUCAGCCAGAGAGCUGUGAGAGCCGUAGGGGCAGGAGUCUGCCAGGUGAGUGGACAGGAGCAGCUGAUAGUCACCUUGGUGACUGCUGGUGCUGAGCAGCCCUGGGGAGGCAAGGAAAGAAGCCCUGAGUUGGGAUAGCCAUGUGUCAACUAUGUAGCAGAGAAUUCAAUUGCUUCAUAAAUAAAUAUGCUUUGGGAAUUUUGCCAACCACUCAGUAGCCUUCCUUCCCACCCACACACUCUCUCAUCCACCUGUCUUUCAAUAUAUCUUCUUACCAAUCUCCACCUUUUCUCACCCACUUACCAUUUACCUUCCCUUUUCUACCCAUCAGGCUACCAGACUCGCCUCUUUGCUCAUCUGCUCUUUUUUGACUGUGUAUGAGUAAUGCACAUCUGGUUAUGGCAUCAGGUGUGCAUGAACCUGCUUGAAUGUGGGUGUCUGUAAGUGUGUUACUCUCAGGUGCUUUUGUGCAUGUUUGCAUAACUAUGUAUCUGGACACAGGUGUGAAUGGACUGACUACCCAAGACUUACUUGCCAGGGCCCCUGGGCUGCUUUCACAAAGGAGUCUUGGGUAUGGGUAUGCUGGGAGAUAAGGUGUGAUGUCUGUAGCAGGAAAUGCUUUAGCUUGCAAUUGAAGGUCUAAGGAUUGUUUUAUAAAACACAGGGUUUGUUCUAUGAGUAGGAAAAUCAUUUUCAGGAAAACCCAGUUUUACAACUGUAUAGGGAAUUUUUUUAAAAUUUUCUUUGAAAACUCAGAUUUCCUCCUGAAUGGGAAAGGCACCCUUGGGCUUGAGGAAAGGUGAAGAGAAGUAUCUCAGAUUGAAAGGCCUUGUGUCUUCCUUCCAAGUGUUUUGGGAAGAGUUCUGCAGAGGCAGGGAGAGGCAGGUGUCUACAAGCAUCUGUUUUGGGCUGAGAGUUUGUCUGUGACCACAUCCAAAUUCUGACUGUUUUCCAGUUGCAGGAAAGUGGAAAAAAUCUUGAUGGGGCAAUUUGGUAUCAGCCAUUGAAGCUUUCCUUAAGUAACUGCAUUUGAGGAUCCUGGCUCACAGACAUAUCAUUACUUAUACCUUUAUUUGUUUUAACUUAUACUUGCCAUAAAUAAAUCAUCUAUUCUGUUAAAUUAUUUAUCUUUAUGAUAGGGCACACUGCAUUUCCUUGAGACCCUGAAUGUUUCUGAAAUGUAUGAGGACUCCUAGGGAGGAAGUAAAGCACUGGACCAUCAGCAGGGCAGGGCUUUGGGUUGGCUUUUAUGAUAAUGGGGCCAGAUUGGCACAGAUACUUACACUCUGGUGUCUGAUCCUGCCUGGCACCAAAAGUAAUGCACAACCACAUGGCCAGGAUGGAGGCCCUGUACAGCUGACAACCCCUCGCAAUGGGAGAAACACCUGGGUCACCUUAAUCCUUCUAGCACAGGGGCUUGACCAUGGAUUAAAACAUGCCACUUCAAGCAGUUACCAAAGCUUUUGGGUAGAGGUGGCUAAGGAAGAAGGGAAGAAAGAGAAGUAGGAGGAGAGAGGAGCCUCAAGUUAUGCAGCUGUUUAGUUCAGAUCUGUUAACUCCAAAUUAAAGUAGAAUCCAACCUUCUGAGCCAAUUUAGGGUCAGCGGCCUCACUGAAGUCCCAACCCCCAUCCCAUGUCAGGAUCAGAUUCAUGUGCACUUGCAAAGUACGUGACCAUGUAUGUUUUUGGAGCUCCACAUGUGUCAAACUUGAGCACGUGGCCCAUUCAACUUUUAUUUCCUUCCUAUUAAAUUGGGGAUUCAGGAAAGUGAGGAGUCUGUUGGGAAAGACAUCUCUCUUUCUUUUUUUCUUUCUUUCUUUCUUUUCAUUUUGGGAGUUAUGAUUUCCUUUUCUGUUUACUUCUCCUUUCUCUUCACUCACUUCUUUUAUUUUCCAUCAAGUUUGGUCAAUUAAAAUAGUUAAGUAAUUCUUCUCUAAAGAGGCUUAUAGACUCUGAGUAGCUCCCUUGUUUGUUGUGGCUGUAGGUUUCAUAAGGAAGUUGGUGGCUCCCUGGAAUCAAGAAGUAAAAAGUAAAAAACUGUGCCUAUUCCAACCUCAAUCCUCCUCCAAGCCCUAUCCUUUCAACUCUCUACCCUUUCAACACAGACUUCAUAGCCCACCAAAUCAAGACAGAACUUUUCUUGAUCACAUGUCCAUAGACAGCAUACCAGGCCCUGGUACCAUUUUGUUAUAUUCUCCUGCAGGUGGUGAAUUGUUCCAUCUAGAAGUGAUUGCCUUUCCUUUGAUACGGGUAGAGGAUAUUCUGAGAUUCUAAGAUUGGGCCCUGUAUAUCCACAGUCUUGUCUAGGGGGCCUAAAAUGCAAGUCCUAUGUGCGGUUGUCCUGAUUUGGUGGGAGGGUGUACUGCUUAGGUCUCUAAAGCUGCCCACCUGAGUUAUAUUCAGAGUAAUGAAAUCAGGUACAUCAUUCGGAUGCAUUUAGAAUUGACUCUGUCUUCACCUGGUUUAUUCUGAGAAUGUUGAACUGAUUUCCAAGUAUUUGGGGGAAGGAGUGAGAAGAAAUACACUCUGGUCAUUCUUUGGUGUAGUUUGUGUUAGAUGUUUGGUUUAUUCUUGUAGCUAAAGUGAAGCUACGUUUUCUGAAAAUGUUUCCUCUGCUCCAUGGACUGUCCUUCCCAGUGGACACAUACAGCUCUUUCUAGGGAAAUAUGAUGAGUCAUAGUGAGAGGUGAUUUCACCACAGAUAGAAAUAAUUGGUGUGUCCCAGCUAGGUUGUCUUCUGUGCUGCCCUCCAGCUGGUAUAUGAUAGAGUAAGGGGACAGAUUUUUAAACAAGCCCAUCACGAUUCAAGUGCACAACUGAUUCUGGUGUCCCUAAAAGCAGUAGGCUUUGGGGACCGUGUGUGCCUCUUUCCAUUGAUUUUGCUGGUGCAAAAUGUUUCUUAAUCAUUAUUGUUAGGUCUUGGAAUACAUUAUUACUGGCUAUUGGAUUUUUUUUCUGAAGAAUGCAUGCUUACUGUAGAAAAUUAGGAAAUUAAAAUACAAAAAAUAUCCUAAAAGAUUGUUCAUAAUUCCAUCACUCUGAGGAAUCCACAAUGGACCCAAUAUUAAUGGUUGGAACCCCAAAACUUCCUCUCUCAGUGAGGUUGUCAUUGGGUUGGCAGCUGGGGCUAGGAGGGCAGACCAUGGCCACAGAAUCACACUGGUCUGCAUGGAGUUGACCCUGUGUCCUUGGCAGCAGGAGCACAGGGCUCUGAGCCCCCCAGGAAAGCAAAGAGGCCUCUGAAAGCUCACAGCCAGAGGUUAGGGACAGGUUUGGAACAGGGCUAAAAGAGUCCUAUUUUGGGGUUUCCUUUAUACAGUUUUUUUCGGUGCCAUUCUCAUGUAAUUUUAGGUGUAAGAGCACUGAAGCCAGAGGAACUCACUAAUUAAGCUACACUCGUAUAAUGCAGUUACUGUAAAUUUCAUCUCAGCUCAGUUCUAAAAUGAUUUGUGACCCUGGGCACUGUGUCUUCUCCGUACUUGAACUUCCUCAUCUACAAAAUGAGGAUGGUGAUAACACUUUACCUCAUGGUAUAUUAAGGGUGACAAAGAAAUUGCAAAAUGAUUUGCAAACAUGAAGUGUCAUAUAAAUUAUGCACUAUUCAAAUUAUCCUGCAGCAGCAGGGCUCUCGGGUAGUCCCUGGAACUGAAUUCUUCCAUCUAGUUUCUGCCUUGCUGCUGGAAGGAUGAUCCAGAGUGAGAGGUCAUCUUGGCUCCUGAAGCAGGUCUGUGCCUCCACAACUUAAGCACCUGGGAUUCUGGUCCAUCAUCCAGGUCCCCCAGAGAAAUUGGCCCCUUAAUUUAUUUUACCCAUUCCCAGGUUUCCUUUCUUUUAUCCAAAACCAAUUUUACAAAGAGCACUUGUGAUCUCUUGUUUAUUCCCAGAGGUGAUAGAAUGAGUAGACCAUCUGGGGCAAAUAGCAUAUAUGCACUAAAACAGUUAACUAUUAACCAAGGCACAUGGUUGAUGCAUCAUCAUCAUCAUCAUCAUCAUCAUUAUUAUUUUACCAUUCUCCUAACAUUAUUUCUAGCUGUACAUGCCCAAGUGGUGUGAGCAAAUCAUAGUCUGAAAGAUUUUAAUGAGCUUCCAAGUUUAAGAUGAGAACGAGCUUCUCGUCCAUUAGUGAAGCAGGUGGCUUCAUCAAAAGCAUGAACUUCUUAUGGGGAGUCCUUUAGAUGGUACAUUCACUAGGACAGGUUCUGGAUGUGAUCCUGUUUGGGACAAAUUGAACUCUGGGUUCUAACUAAACAAGAAACGAAUGGACUUCCAAAAGGGUCUUCCCACCUUCUGUUUGGCAGUUGAUCAGGCUGCAAUGUUAUGGUGAGACUUUCUCCAAGGGAAGUCCAAGUUAUUGUUAUCUAAAUGGAGCCCAGCCAGUAGUGAGACAGCGCCCCUGCUGGAAGGGUGUUUGUUCAGUAUUGAGAAACCAAAAGCUGGGUCUAAACAUGGGAGAUUCCAUAGCAGUAGCCUAAACCUGGCAGCUCUUUGACAGCCCUAAUUGCAACUCCUUCUCUUCAUUCCCGAGGACUGGGUAUUACUCCAUGGAAAACUGUGUCCCUCUCUCCUGUCCUGUCUCCCAUUUCUCCCCCUGCUAAGCUUCCCUUUCCUUUCUGGGUCACCUGUAGACCUUUUCUAGUCUGUAUGUGUCAGUGUGUCUGUGUCGUGGUGAGUGUGAUGAUGCCUUUCACAUAAAGAGCUUUCACUAACUCAUUUUCAUACUCUUUUCCCAUUUCUACCCAUGGUGUGACUGUUUUGCUGUUCAAGACUAUCUGUAAAAAUGUAUAAAUAAAAGUGGAAACUGAAAAUAAAGGGGAGGAGGUUGAGACUAAACAAAUGCAAUGAUGUAGCCCUCAGUUUUCUGAGGACUUAAGUGGACUUCCCUAAAAUCCUGACUCCGGGUGGGAUUUGAAGGGAGGGAAGCCAUUGGCACAGGAGUUGUUUGUUUUGGAUUUGGUUGUCUGGUUGUUUAUCUGAUAGUCAGUAGUGUCUGCUCUGGAACUCUCUGUUCUAAAGGUUUUUGCCUUUAAAGUAAAAUACGUUUUCCAAAAGUAAAAGCAAAUCUUGAAAGUCUGAAAGGUGAAGGUCAUUGCAAAGGUCAAUACAGAGCCCUGAAUUUGGGGUCUCAUAAGUAGCUGUCACUGGCUCACGUUGGGCCUCGGGUGAGUCUUGUUACCUCACCAUGUCUCUACACUGUCUCAGCCAAAUAAGGAGGGGAACAGGCUUAUGGGGCUCUUAGAGGUACCAAGUCUCUGUCCACUCUGCUGCUAUUUUUAAAGAGGCUUUGGGCCUAUGCUGGUAUGUGCUUACUGCAUUGAGAUAAAUUAAGUUUUCCUCUCUGCUACUCUUGUCCCACUUUUUGCCUCAGAAAGUAACCUCAAUCUAACAGCCAGUUUGUACUCUGAGUCCAAAGCUUUCUAUCUACCUUUUCAUUGAGAUGCCUUUCCCACCCAAUCUAUCUCAUUUUACUGUUUUUACUAGCAGAGUUUGCUGUGAUGGGAUAGGAGAUAGGAUCAAAGGAGAUGAUGCAUGUGAAUUGUUUUGUAAUCCAUGACUCACUAUACAAAUGUGGCUAUAAUGUCAGAAACGGAGUCUGGCUAAGAGGUGCUACCAAAUAAGAAAGAAGAAGCUGUGGCAGGUGGUGGGGUAGAGGCAGUGGGCAGCAGGUGUGGGCUGGGAGUGGAGAUAAGAUCAAGGAACAUUAAAAAAGAAAAGCAAUCCUGACUGAGUCCUUUUGGAAGGGGAAAGGGCAGAAACAUACUCAGCAUGCAGCAAGGAGAAGGAGACCCUAAAGGCAGUGACACUGGCUUAACAGGAGGUAGAAAAGAGGAGCAGGAAAUGAGUAGUCCUAGAGUACAAGGAGCUGCCUUCCCCCGAGACUGAGAAGACCAGCUGCAUUGAAGCGGAGACACACACCAAGACUGGCCAGUGACACAACUCACCCCCGGUUGUAGGCUCUUUCACUCCAAAUCUUCCUCCUCUCUGAUGGUCCAUGGUGACAAUCUCUGAGACCAGCUUUAGGAAAGCGAUUUAGACCAGUGCCAUCCAAAAUAAACAUAAUGAGAGCCACAAAAGCAAUUUUAAAUAUUCUAGAAGCCACUUAAAAAAAAAAAAAAGUCAAAACAAACAGGUGAAAUGCAUUUGAAUAUAUUUUAA